GGGCAAGAACAUGCACACGGAUGCAUCCCCGCAUCAGGACGAGGAGUGUGUCUUUGUUUGCCGGUGUCACAUGUCUGCUCCUCCCAGCUCGGCCUUCUAUAAAACGCUGGUGGUUGCAACAGCUCAGUGGGGUUUGCUUACUUCCACCCGAGGGGACUUCACUGUCAGCCCGGGCAAGACCGCCACACCGCCUCCACCUCCACUGGUGUCUGCAAACCGCCCCAAGCAACAAGCAAGCAUGGCUCCUUUCGAGAAAUCCAUGGAGAUGAUGCCCUUCAAGCAGAGGAAAUGCCUCGAAACAAGAAAAGAUGAAGUGUGCAGCAUUCGCUCAAAAUUCCCCAACAAGUUGCCUGUGAUUGUUGAACGUUACCUCCGUGAGAAGACUCUACCCCUGCUGGACAAAACUAAGUUUCUGGUUCCCUUCGAGCUCACUUUGGGUCAGUUCCUCUGCCUGCUCAGGAAUAAGAUCGCUCUGGACUCCACCCAGGCCCUGUUCCUCCUGGUGGCGGAGAAGAGCAUGUCCUGCAUGUCCUCCAGCAUGGGGGAGGUGUAUUCCCGUUACAGAGAUACCGACGGCUUCCUCUACAUCACCUACGCCUCGCAGGAGAUGUUUGGAGCACCUCAGCCGGCAGCGAGGCUGCCCUGCUGAGCCCGACGCACAUAAAAUGAACUGACCAACAGUGGAGACGCCACACAGUCAAACUGGAGAAAAAGGACCAACUGAGCCAAACAGACGCUGUUGUUUUGUAGCCCCAAAACUGCACAUCUGCCUACCUCAUCAAACCUCUCUGGACUUUUAGACAAAUAAAAACAGUUUGUUGGCUCCUCAGCUGGCCAAAACCGCACUGGGGUGGACAAGGCUCAUCCUUUAAAGACUUUGGUUUGGACUGAUUGAUUAUGUGACUGGCUUAAAUAAUGAUUUCUGGUAAGAGAAGGGUUUUUUCUCAAUAUAGAAAAUUGCUUGAGUCAUUCUUUAAGCUACGGGAACAAUGUAGAAGUUGCGACACACUGAGUGUUGGGAUUUUUCUGUUCUAAAAACAAGAAAAUAUUCAAAUUAUAAUGUCAGCAUUUACCCUUCUGUUAGGUUUCUAUGCAAGUAAAGCCUGUCUAGUGGAGCUACACCUCCUCCUCCACCUGACAAAUACAGGGUAAAUAUCUUAGAUGGUAAUCAAACUCCUUCUUAGCACUUAUCCCCCCCUCUCCUUUUUUUUAAUUGCUUCUUCGUCCUCCCUCGAGAAUGUGAAACUGUCCCACAGAUUCGUCAUUACAGGAAUUUCUGACUUGGUUUCAUUUAUUGCUGCUCUGAUGUGUUUCUGUACCAAAUAAAUCACAAAAUAAAGUCUCGCCCUUUUAAUGUA